GAGCGAGCAAGGACGACAGCUUUAGAGCCACAGGCGCCCCUCCUUCCACUCCGCCGCCGUGGCAGACUGCUAGUCAUGGGCUGUGUCAUGAGCACCGCGAUCGGCUGCCUGCUCUGCAAUAAUCGCUGUUCGAUCGACCGCGUCGUCUCGCAGUUUGCUUUCUUCCCGCCGUCGCCCGCGUCGUACACGAUGGAGGCGCACGAGGGCAAGCUGCGGAUCCGCUUCUGCGACCCCGAGAUGGCGGCGGCGCACGAAAACCUGCAGCGGAACGCAGCCGGCGGCGCCGUGCGCGUCGAUUGCGCGCGCGUCGAGACGUCGCGCGGCUCGAGCGUCGCGCUGCUCCACUUUGUCCACCCCGCCGCGCGCGCGACGCUGCUCUGGUCGCACGGCAACGCGAUGGACAUUGGUGAGAUGUACUUCUUCCUGCUGGGGCUCGCGGCGCAGAUGGGCGUCUCGGUGCUCGCGUACGACUACUCGGGCUACGGCGCCUCGAGCGGCGCGCCGUCGGAGGCCAACUGCUACGCCGACAUCCAGGCUGCGCACGACUACCUGCGCUCGCGCGGCGUCGACUCGUCCUCUCUGCUGCUGUACGGCCAGUCGGUCGGCUCUGCGCCGUCGCUCUGGCUGGCGGCGCGGUGCGCCGUCGCGGGGGUGGUCCUGCACACGCCGCUCAUGUCGGGGCUGCGCGUUCUCAUCCCGCCGCACGGGGGCUGCUGCUCGCUCAGCGGCUGCUGCAACCCCGUCUGCGUGUACAGCCUGUGCGACCCCUUCCCAAACCUGGCGCGCAUCAAAAAGGUGCGCAGCCCGGUGCUGCUGCUACACGGCACGCACGACAGCACGGUGGACAAGUCGCACACGGACGGGCUGUACGCGCGCGUCCCGCAGCAGCACCGGAGGCCGCCGUACAUCGUCCCGGGCGCCAACCACGACAACCUCGUCGAGGCGAACCCUGACGGCUACUUUGACGCGCUCGAGGCCUUCCUCAGCGAGGCGGUGGCGCAGGGGCGCGGCGCCGGGCGGGGCGCGCCGAGCGGCGCGGAGGCGCCGCUCGCGCCGGUGCCGACGAGCCCGAUGGCCCGCAGCUGAGCCGCCGCCUCCCCGCCGUGGCGUGGGGCUGCUGGCGAGCUGGCGCGAGCGCGCCGGGAUCGCGCCAGGGCCGUAGCCAGGGCCGUAGCCAGGGCCCGGGUCACAGCCGCGGGGUCGGCGCCGGCGCGGCGACCGCCACGGCCCACGCCGGGCCCAGUUUUGUAUCUUCUGGCCGCGCAGUCUCCGAUUGGGUCGGGGCUGCCUCUUCGCCAUCGGGUCGCCCCUCUCUGAACUGUCCCCACCUCUCGGCAUGUGUGGUGUGCGUCUCAGAGCGAGCGAGAGGGUCAAAUCGAGAGAGGCGGGCCGUGGGGCCGAGUCAGAGAGAGUGGACGCGUGUGAGAGACCGUGUGUGGCGUGUGGGUUACGAUACACGACAAGACGUCGCGAGCGUGGCAGUUUGGGACACGCAUUCGCCCCACGAGUUGCAUUCCGCUUAACAUGUGCAUGUGCAUGCACACCGCACACGGCACGCGGGGGCGCGGCUCGUCUGAGAACUCGCCCGCUCGCUCUCUCCGCGCUGAACUCUAUACUCGUUACACGUUAGCACUACUCCGGCUGUCCGGCUACCAAAGACCCUGAGGUACGUCGUACGAAAAUAAGUAAAUAAAACGGAC